AUGCCAUACAAGAAGACGAUAGAAAAUAUGGAACCAUUGAAUGUCAGAGUGAAUCAAGACCUCCUAGUUAACGCCAGUCAUUCUUUUGAAGAUAAAGACAGACCUAAUGUUACAAGCAAAUACAAGAAGUCCAGAAAAUAUGAUAACUGCGGUAGUGGUGGUGGUGGUGGAGGAGGCGGCGGCGGAGGAGGAGGGGGAGGGCCUCUUAUGGAAGUGGUUGAAGAAAAUAAUAAACCUAUCUUGAAUUCAAUGAUCAAUUUUCUCUCUGCAAGGAUUAUCGAUACUUCUAAAAAUGUCCAAAUCAAUACUACUAACGAAUUGUAUUCAUAUGUCACUGGUGGAGGGCCUUGUUGCAACGGCAAUGGUCCGCUGCAGCAUUCGUAUAGGCUUUACUCUCAGAACUCAGAUUCUCUUAUGCCCCAAUACACAUUGAUGAACUACUCGAAUGCUCCCUUAUUAAGUCCAAUUUAUGCAAAUAAUUUUAUCCCAUUCCAUGCAACUUAUUCGGGAUAUUCCAUGCAAGAUUAUACGACUACAAACAACAAUAACAGCAAUACUACCACUAACAAUAAUAAUAGUAAUAAUAAUAACAAUAACAAUAACAAUAACAAUAGUAACAAUAAUAAUACUAAUAAUAAAAGUGGAACUACAAACAACAUCUCUAAUAAAGAGAGACAUUCUUCUCAUUAUCCCAUCAGUAAUGGACAGUGUUUCCCACCAUUCUUUAAUCCAAGGACAGCAAGUAAUAUGCCACACAAAGAAAAAGUAAAUAACUGGAUAGAAAACGUCCCAAUAUUCGAAAUUAGUGAAGGAAUAUGGGAAUCAGAUUGCUAUAGCACAGAGUAUACUCUGAGCUGGGAAGAAGAAGAAUUCGACAACGUCACCCCAUUUCUAGAUAAAAAUGGAAAGCAUAGAUUCAGACUCGAAACACCUUACUCGAUGCCCACAAAUGACGAACUGUUGCAAUUGCAAGCCAAAAAAUUUGACACACUAGUAAGAAAACUAUACACCCUCGAGAAAGAUAUAGAAACCCCAUCUGAAAGUGAAAUAUCUUGCAUGAACUAA